AUAAUUUAUUUAUUUUUUGGGUUGUCCCUGUACUGUAAUCAAUCAUCUCCCUCCCUCAAAGAAGAAACCCAAAUCAUGAACACUACAAUUCUUUCAAUUUCAAAACUCAAUUUAAAAAUUCCUAAUCUUUACUCUGUUUUUCUCUCAAACUAAGCAAAGCUUAUUGCUAAUCUCUGUUUAAUUCAACAAUGUCAUUCUUAAGACACAGAAACCAUUCAAUCUCAGCCUCAGAUCCAAAACCCAGAACCCAAUUUCUCUCUCAAUCCUCCACUUUCAAACCCACCAUUUCUAACAACAACAACAACAUUGAUGGGUCUAAUGAAACCAAAAAGCUUUUAACAAAAAAACCCAAGAAGAAGAAGUUAUUUACGUCGGUGACACUCAGAGGACUGGGAUGUGGGGCAGCGUCGCCGGUGGUUACGGCGGCGGAUUUGGAGGCUGAGAGAGUGCGGCGGAGGAAGAAGAAUAAGAAAAAACAGAGGAGGACAACGACGUCGUCUAGUCCCAAUACUCAGGGAGUUGUUGUUGUGGUUGAUGUUCAAAGUGUUUGUUGUGCUCCUGGUGUUGGUAUAGCCUCCGAUGUUGUUCCCAGAACGAGGGUCGAUUCUGAAAGAACCAAUCACAGAGUGCGGUCUUGUUCAGUGAGGGGAACAACCAACGUUGAGCGUGCCUCUGCUUCAGAUUUGCCAUCAGCAUUUGAUACAAAUAAUGCUCAUCGUCUUAGACGCCAUUCUCCUAGACAACUUCCACAGUUUGUUAUGUUCCAACACAAUCUGCUCUUUGGAGGAAGUUUAGAUGGAUACGAUCAGCAUGGGGAUUGGAUGUUUGAUGUCGACAAUAUGUCAUAUGAGGAACUGCUCAAUUUGGGUGAUAGGAUUGGCUAUGUGGGUACAGGGUUACAAGAGGAUGAGAUUUUUCGCUGCCUAAGGAAAUCGAAGCACUCAAUGUCAGAAUCCUUUCCACUACUUAAGUCUACCGACAAGGAUUGGAAGUGUAGCAUUUGUCAAGUGAGUUCAUCACACCUGUUCAUCUUUCUUCCCAUUUAAUUUUUUGAUAGAGUUGCAUAGUUCCACUUGGAUAUGGAAAUAAAACCUCGUCAUAAGGAUACUUGGACAUAGACGAGACAAAAAUGAGAUUUUAGGUUUUAGGAUCUAUACUUUUUGCUAAACUUCAAAUUUUAGGUAUCUUUCAUAAGAAAAUUUCAAUGUGAUGUUUAAAUUCAUCAAUCAAAUAUUCUGAAAAUGUAUCUUAGGUAACAAAUCUGGGGAUAAUAGAUGGCGCAUUACAUUGUGUAUGUUGUAUAAUUUCCCUGUGAGGGAUUAAGCUUAGGAU